AUGAGAAUGAAUAUGAUGAUGGGUUGGGUCAAUAAGCAGUUCUUGGAAGGUGCUACUAAGUGAAGUGACUAGGUGAAGACUCUUCUAGGUUUUCGCGUGUGGAGGCUUCUGGCAUGACGUUCAGUGUUCUGCCUUUCUGCUCUCUGCACUACAAACAUGUCCCUGGCUACAAACGGAGAUCCGAAUGAGAGAUCAAGAUGCUACAAAUUCUUCUGGACUCUUUUCCCUCACGUUUUCUUGAUUUUGUCUCUCGUCGUUUACGCUGGCUUGGGAGCUGCGAUUUUUUGGAAAAUUGAGGGUCAAAGAAUACUAACUGAGAAGGACCAGCAGCCAUACCGUGAAUUUGUUUUUAACUUAACGGCUCAAAUAAACAAGUCAGCUCCACCAGAUACAUUGUUUAAAGACGUUGACAAGAUGCUCAGGAAAGAUCUUAAAGCCAUCUGGCUUCAGCAUCCAGAGAACUGGUCAUUUUAUGGAUCUCUUUUCUUCUGCUGCACUGUAUUCACAACAGUGGGUAAGUGUCAUAUUUACACAACCUCCUUUCUGUAAAUUAAACUUCAUAAAAUACAUUCUUUAUCACAAAU